GGUGAGGAACAUCAGACCGCUUGCCUUUAGUUUAUCGUCGUCCUGAGUGAGCAUGUGCAAAGUAGCCAUAUUUCUUGGGGGCAAUUCGAAAUGGUCUCGGCUUGUUUCUGAGCAAGCAGAAGCCUUUCUUGUCAUCUUUUUUAUGGGCACCCCCCCGCCCCCUUGUCUGCCACUGCGCCCUACUGUGGUCUGGAUAAACCCCCUAGGUCGCGGCCGGCCGGUAAAAGGAGGCGGGGUGUGCGGCGUGGAGGUGGGCCAACCGAGCGGAAGUGACGCAGGCGCCGCCAUGUCUUUUGAGGGCCGCGACGGCGCAGGGCCGGCCAUGCUGGCUACGGGCACGGCGCGGAUGGCGUCAGGGCGCCCAGAGGAGCUGUGGGAGGCUGUGGUAAGGGCUGCUGAGCGUUUCCGGGCUCGGACUGGCACGGAGCUGGUGCUGCUGACAGCUGCACCGCCCCUCCGCCCGGGCCCCUGCACCUAUGCGGCCCAUGGCCGGGGAGCCCUGGCUGAAGCCACCCGUCGCUGCCUCCACGACAUCGCCCUGGCCCACGGGGUGGCCACUGCUGCCCGGCCCCCUGUGCCCCCACCGUUGCCACAGCCAUCCAGUCCUGUGCAGAGCCCACCCCAGCCAGCCCUGGCCAGGGAAGAGGACGAGGAGGAUGAGGAUGAGCCAACAGAGACAGAGACCUCCGGGGAGAGGCUGGGCAUCAGCGAUAAUGGAGGGCUCUUUGUGAUGGACGAGGAUGCCACCCUCCAGGACUUGCCACCCUUCUGUGAGUCGGACCCUGAGAGCACCGAUGAUGGCAGCCUGAGCGAGGAGACCCCUGCUGGCUCCACAACCUACUCGGUGCCCCCAGCCUCAGCCCUACCCACGCAGCAGUACGCCAAAUCCCUGCCCGUGUCUGUGCCCAUCUGGGCCUUCAAAGAGAAGAGGACAGAGGCACGGUCAUCGGAUGAGGAGAACGGGCAGCCCUCUUCGCCGGACCUGGACCGCAUCGCGGCGAGCAUGCGCGCGCUGGUGCUGCGGGAGGCCGAGGAUACCCAGGUCUUUGGGGACCUGCCUCGGCCGCGGCUCAACACGAGCGACUUCCAGAAGCUGAAGCGGAAAUACUGAGGCCGGUGCAGGCGCUGCCUGACUUGCGGCCGUCCCGCCCCACACUACACCCCCGCCCCGCCCCCGGGGCCCGUCAAUCCGAGGCAGGUCCAGGACCGGCCUCCCCACGGCUCCUGGGGCCCCGGGACUGACCGUCCUUGCCAGUCCCCACCUAGUGACAGGGAUGCCCUCCCAGCCCGCGUCCCCCUCCUGCGCCAAGGAAAGGGGGCCCGUCCAGUAUCUUGAUUUGGUCUGUCUCCCUUCGCGCAGCGACCGGUCCUUUCAUUAAGGGAUUGGCUGGCUCUCCUAUCAGGGGUGUGGCUAGUUGCAAACACUCAGUGAGUCCAUCCCGCCGUUUUCCGCCUAGCGACAUAGCUUUGCUCGCUCGGCAUGGGCUCCAUCCCUGAAACAGCACAGUCAAACCCCAGGAUUGGGCAGUGGUAAUCUACUGCCUAGUGACAGGGCCGCUUCUUCAUUUUUGAUUGGCUCGAGCCAUGUGAAGUGCUUGACCAAUCUCCCGAGAGUUACCCUUUGUCUUUCGCGAGUUUUCCCAUUUAACUGGUUCAUGCCUACUGAGGGCAUGGCCAAGCCCGCUUCCCGUGCCCUGGAUUGGCCUGCGGUCUUCAAUAUAAUGUUUUUUACACUACUGGGGCUGGGCUCGCCUUUGCCAAAUCGUGAUGAUUUGUUCCUCUGGCUCCCUCAGGGGUGGUCCAAUCUUGUUUCUACGUUCUGACACCUCCUCUCAUUGGUUCCAUCCCACAACAGCCUGCCAAUCGAAGUCCGUUCUUGCGUCCAGGACGUUACCAGCUCCCACCCCUCUUCCCCCACCCCAAAGGUGCCUUAAAGGGCCCUCGUCCACCCAAGGUGGGGGGCAGGGGGCCUUACUCUCCGGCCCUGAUGUGGAGGAGAGAGUGGGGUAAUGGGUCGGACGUUAAGAGGGGGGGCUCUGAGAUUAAAGAGUUUUACCUCUGCCAAA